AGGAUGGGUGAGUUGUGGCAACACCCAUAUGUAAAUAUCUUCAAGUACUAUGGAGUUGGCCAGUGGAAGAAGUCCAGUAAAGAGGGCGAUGUGGCUUCCUUAAUGGACCGUGUUGUGAAAUGUCCUAUUUACAAGAUAAGUGGCACUGUACCUGCUAAUAACUACAUUGUCAUACCAAAGCACAGUUCUCAGUCAGCCGGGUUAACCUGGAUCUCAUUUAUGUGUACUCUUCAAGCCUAUCCCGGGACAGUUCUUCACCAUUCAUCUCGAGGUUGUCUCAUCAUGUGGUGUUUUGAUUCGAAUAAGCAUCUCCAAUAUUUACAAGCAGUUCAAAGCUUCAGCAACUUGGCUACAGUUCCCGUUCAUUGUGAGUGAGACAUCGCAGCAGUGGUCAGUUCUGAUGUUCAACUUUCCUCAUCUGCUGAGGAAAUAUGUGAACAGGGAGUAUUCUCACAUCAAAUCGAUAAAACUUUGUGCAAACAUGUUUGUGAAGAAUGUUUUCUCGACUAGCAAAGCAUACAAUCCUCAUGUGAUAGACAAAAAGGUUAAGCUCAUAGAUGAAAUCACAAAGCCAGGCGAUGAACCAUUCCCCCGUGAGAUGAGAUAUCCUGUUCCAAAUGGACAUACAUGGAGAGAGUUUUACGAGUUUAUAGUAUUUCCUCCCAGUUCAGAAAAUCUUUCAGUGUCAGUCCCAAAUCCCAGGUCAACUACUCCUGUCAAUCCAUCUUUUGUGUCCAGCAAGAAUGGGGAGCGAGUUUUUAAGGAGCUACCUGUUGUCAAAAACAAAGCAAGUAAUGCCAGCAUAUCAAUGAGAUCAAAGCCAAAAAAGGCAAGUGAAAAGAUUGAUGAAGAUUUUCAGAAUAUGUCCCUUAUAGAGAAUGUGACAAUUUCACCGAGCAAACGAAAUAAGAAAAAUAAAAAGGACAAGAUACCCCCAAUUUGUGCUUUGAAAAAAGUGUUAGGCUUUGGUCCAUGUAAAAAUUUCGAGUUUUCAAAUAACACAGAGAAUAUUUACUACGCCUCUGGUUCGAUUGUGGUGAUGCAAUCUAUCGAAUCAGGAUCUCAGAAACUGUUUACAGGCCACUCUGACAGCAUCCUGACUUUCACUGUUGACCAAGCUGAUGAGUACAUGACUUCAUCUCAGAAAGAUUCCCCACUGAUUCGUAUUUGGAGAGUAUCAUCUCAAGAGUGUAUUGCUCUUGUAAAAUCAUCUGAGGAGCCUUGUAGCAUACUUCACUUCUCACUGGCAGACAAGGCCUUGUUGGGUGUAACCUGCUCCAGACCAAGAUCUAAACUUAUCUUAUGGGACACCUCAUUCCUGAAACUGAAGGGAGAUAUAAGUAUCAUUUGUGAAGGAUCAUGCAGUGACAAUCUCAUCAAGGGUCAACUGUCACCAGUAUCCUCAAGUAAGAUGGCAACCUGCUCUUCCAGGAGUUUGCAGAUCUGGAGACUACGAGCUGGAAAGUUGAAGUCGUGCUCCAUUUCUCAGUUCUUCGGGUUAGAGUACGUGUUACGUGACUUGAGAUGGGGCUCUGUUGGAGGUGAUACAGAGGGUUUCAUUUACCUGGCCACAGCUGCAGGUAUUAUCAUUGAGGUGGAUUCUUCUAAAGCCUCUACGGUGAGAUGUGUCGACCUGUGUGCUGCUGAGGGCCCUGGUGUCAAGUGUAUCAACUCUAUUGGAGUACACAGUGCGUUUGGUGUCACAGGUACGGAUGACGGUAAUUUGAAAGUGUGGGAUUCUCAAUUUGGAGAGGUUAUUCUGAAUGUGGAGCAUGAGUCUGCUGUUAAAAGCUGUCUCAUCUCGGCCAAUGGUUUAAAGCUACUGGCUGUUACUGAGACUGAUAGUGUUGGAGUGUUGGAUGCUACGACAAAGUCAUACUCAACUGUUCUCAGAAGUCACUCAAAAAAAGUUACUGCGGUUGCAGUGGAUCCAUGUCAGAGACAACUUGCCUCCAUCUCUCAUGAUAGCAGUCUCCGGGUAUGGAACCUUGACUCGCUCUCUCAGAUUUACGAAGUCUUCUCCGCCGGGGAAUUCCCCACCACUGUGGCUUAUCAUCCUUAUAAAGGAAGUAUAGUAGCAGGUUACUCUAAAGGAACAGUACGAGUGAUAGAGGGAGGCAACGUAACGGAGGAGCUGUUAGACCUGACCUCCUGUAUCACCUCCACCACCUUCCUGCCUAACGGAGAGUACUUGUACGUGAGUGAUGCUCUGGGUACCCUCAUCAUGUACCAAGCAACCAAGACACAGCUGGUACAGCUGAAGAGUAUCAAGCACAUUGUUGCGAAGGGAGGACACAGGUGCCCAUCUGCUGUUCAAGCUAGUCGGGACAGUAGGAUGAUAGGAUUUGCAGGACCCACGGAGCAUUGCGUGACGGUGUUGGAGGCCUCUACUCUGACUUGUUUGAUAAAACUUGAUGUCAGUUCUGCUGUCUCCUCGUGUCUGGACAGUGUGCAGUCUGUGGUGUUCGGUACGGUCCUUUCACGUGAUCUGUUCGUCAGCACCAUGUCCGGCAAGGUCCUCAGAGUGGACACUAAAAGUGGGGUCAUAGUGUCUGAUCACCAGCCCUAUCCCUCGUCCACUCCCCACCUGCUUGUCUCUGAGAACUACAUUGUUACUGCUAACCAGAGCAAGUUUAAUGUUUGUGACUACUCUAGCAUGGCUGGUUUACAGAAAUAUGUGGCGUAUCAUGCCAUCAAUCACAUGACCUUCACACCAAGUUUAACUGAGCUUGUUAUUUGCGGUGACGGCAUCUCAAUCUGGGGCUUCAGUGGACGGAAACCAGGACUCAACUUCAACAAGGACGACUACACGACCAUUGCAAAACGAGUAUCGUUUGAUCAAGAGAGCGGUGUUGAAGAGAGUGAUGUGGUGGAGAGUGGGAUAAUGUCCACUCUUAUUGAGGAGGAUAAGCCUCAGUCUCCAGUGCUAAUGGCUCCUACUCCUGACUUAUUGGAACCAGUACAGAGUGAUAUCAGGUUGGAGGAUACAUUAGACAACUCAGGAGAGAAAACCUUGGACAUGUCCUCGAUACUUCUGGACCCUUCUCCUUCUCCAGCUCCCCACCCUCUUGCUCAGACAGUCACUGUUACUGACCACCAUGAUAAAGGGUCGGACUCAGAGUUGGAGAAUGUAUCAGCUCUCUCUGAUGACAACUCGGAGGAGCUCCCCAAAACUCUGGCUCCAAUAAACGGCCAGCACCCGUUUGAAAUAUCCCCGGACUCAGCGUCCCCCAGAUCCCCUGAAGCAUCUCCCGAACCACCUCUAGCUCUCAGACACAUCACGCUUGAUAGCCCAAAGUCGACGUUGUCUGAGAAGCGGUACAUGGCGGGUACCGACUCUUGCGGACUGGAACUGGUAACCAUGUUGGGAAAUGACAGGGAGGGUAGGGCUAAUGUUGUGUGGAGAGGCACUGUGCUGUUUUACACUCUGGGAAAUGUUAUCAUCGCCGAGGACCUUAAGACGUCAAAACAAGAACAUUUGAUCGAGCACACAGAAACAAUAACCUCUCUAGCGAGUACAUGUGAUCGUAUAGCGUCCUGUUCAGGUGCUCACAAGCUACAACCAUCUCAGAUAUGUAUCUGGAACGCUGAUACAUUCCAGUUACUUCACACCUGCACUUACCACGAGCAUCAGAUUCAGUGUUUGGAGUUCACAGUGGACGGGUCAUACCUACUAUCGGUGGGAAACUAUAAAGAAAACGCUCUGGUCCUGUGGGAUUCAAACAACUGGGCAGUUCACACUGUCGCUAAGACUGAGCAUUAUGUCCACGCAGUGGCGUGUGACCCACAGAACGCUACUGAGUUUGUAACAGCAGGAAAAUGUGUCCAGUUCUGGAUUCUAGAUCACAAACAGGAACUGAGCGUGGCUACCGGAACACUUCCUAUGCAGUUUAUUAGAAGUAUUGGAGAUGAAGCAGAGUUCACAGCUGUGACUUACACUGACACAGGCAUGGUCUACAUAGGAACUAACACUGGGUAUGUGACCUUGUGGGACCCCAGAUCGACUGCUUGUAUCCUGCAUUGGUCCGCUCACCCGCAGGAGGUUGAUUUGCUGUGGUAUCAGAACGCUUCCCUCGUUUCAGGUGGAGUGAGCAAGAAUCUAAAAUUAUGGAACAUACAGAAAACCGACGCUGAUGACACCUCUGUCAUGCUACACGAUGAACUGGAGUUUGAUGCAGCAAUAGUUUCCUGCGUUAUGGACGAACAAAUGAAUUUAGGUAUUGUCGGCACUACGUCUGGAACACUCUGGUAUGUGAACUGGGAGGAAAAGACAUCCAUCCGACUUGUUGGCGGACAUCCUGAUCAAGUCAACGACAUUGCAUUCAGUUCCGGGGACACUUUCGCAGUAGCAAUCGAAGAUGGAAGUCUCAGACUUUGGAACUACGAGCCGCUGGAACAAGCAGUCCAGUUUCAAGUUGUGAGCGCCUCCUGCACAUGCAUAGUGUUCCGUCCGGACGACAGUACACGAAUCAGUGCCGGUUAUGGAGACGGCACAAUCAGGACUUUCGACCUGGCCAGUGUGGCUAUGAUCUGUAAAAUGGCACCUCACCGACAAGCCAUUACAAUCUUGAGAUACUCACAGAAUGGCCAGGUGUUGGUGUCAGGGGACAGCAACGGCUUAGCUUCAGUCAUCAACUCGGAGACAGGCCUAAUCAUGAGAGUAAUAUCGGAUCACAAGAAGAGUACUGCUGCUGUGACCUCCCUCAAUUUCAGCACUUUGUCCCCGCACUGGUUGAUUGCCACUGCAGACCGUCGGGUCAGUGUUUGGGCUGCAGACUGGGAAACAGACAAUAACAAGAUGAUUUGUUGGCUCUCGUUCCCAGCCCCCUCCUUCACUCCCUCUGGAGAUCCAGUAGAUAAAAACAACUACAGAUCCCUCCCUCCCUCUCUAGCCCUCUUCUCCCCUCUUGAACGAGACACCAUCCUUUACGCAGGAUACGGACUCCUUCAGGAGAUCCUGUUCUACAAUUUCAAAACCAAGGAGACAGUCCGCAAGAUAAACCUAGCACACUGGGCUACAGCCCUAGAUAUCAUCCCCAACUCUAACCUGAUUGUUAUUGGAAGUCACGACCGGUUAGUUACCAUAGUGGACUAUACCAGCGGAACAUUCCAAGACUUUGUGGCCCAUGAUAAUGAGGUGGGUAUAGCUGGGUAUUGGGAGAAAAAUAACGUGGUGUGUUCCGGGUCGGGUGCAGGGAUUGCACUGUGGAAUGUGAAGGUCUGAGAAGGUAUUUCCUUUGGAAUGCAGGGGAAUCAGGUUUCAGAGGGGAAGUAUAGUUAAAGAGUUGGAGAAAUGGAUUGCUGGAACAAUAGGACAAUUAAAUUGUAGAGAGAGCGAUGGUGUUUAAAUAUACUGCUCAACCGUAGGUUUACAGUGUAUAGUGCAUGUACAUAUUUAAAGGUUAAACUUGAAUUUAUUAUGCAGUAUAUUUUCAGGGUUAUCACAUUAAUUUUCAGACACAUCAGAAUCAAAUCAGUGAAUGAUGAUAAUUUGGCUGGGCUUUGAUA